AUUGCUUUUUAUAAUAUACAUUUUGUUUGGGCAAGUGUUCAGAGAAAUUCCGUGACGCUAAUGGUGGCGGCUGGCCCUGACAGGGUUAAAAGGCCAAUAUUGUCUGGGCCCACUUUGGUAUUUCAAUUUUAUCCGUGUACUCUCUGCCAGUCCUCCUCUCUGCUCUAGGGUUUAAGCUCUUCUCUCUUUCUUCAAUCUUUUUCCAUGGCCUCGAUCUUGUUAAACCCUACCUUCUCCACCACCACCGCUGCUACCACUACUUCCAAGCUCAACCACCCUUCCUUCUCCACCACCCCCAUUUCCUGUUCCAAAGGCAUUCUCAAAGCCCCCAUUCCCUCCACCCUCUUCUUUAAACCUCCUUCCCACUCCCUAGCCACAAAAGUCCUCUCUCACAGGUUGCCAGUCCGCUCUGCUCUCCGCCCCGAAUACAUCCCCAACCGCAUCGAUGACCCCAACUACGUUCGCAUCUUCGACACCACCCUCCGAGACGGCGAGCAGUCCCCCGGCGCCACCAUGACCAGCAAGGAGAAGCUCGACAUUGCCCGCCAGCUGGCGAAGCUCGGCGUCGAUAUUAUCGAGGCUGGGUUUCCCGCGGCGUCGAAGGAUGAUCUUGACGCGGUGAAGAUUAUCGCGAAAGAGGUGGGCAAUGCGGUAGAUGAGAAUGGGCAUGUGCCGGUGAUUUGCGGGCUGGCGAGGUGUAAUAGAAACGAUAUUAGCACGGCGUGGGAGGCAGUGAAGUAUGCGAAGAGGCCGCGGAUUCAUACUUUUAUUGCGACGAGUGAGAUUCAUAUGAAGUAUAAGCUGAAGAAGAGUGAGAAGGAGGUGAUAGAGAUUGCAAGGGAGAUGGUGAAGUAUGCCAGGAGUUUGGGGUGUGAUGAUGUCGAGUUCAGUCCUGAAGAUGCUGGCAGAUCUGAAAGGGAGUUUCUCUAUAAGAUUCUAGGGGAAGUUAUCAAGGCUGGUGCAACAACACUGAACAUUCCUGACACCGUGGGUUAUACCGUGCCUAAUGAAUUCGGACAAUUGAUUGCUGACAUAAAAUCCAACACCCCUGGAAUUGAAAAUGUGAUCAUUUCAACGCACUGCCAAAAUGAUCUUGGGCUCUCUACUGCUAACACAAUAGCGGGGGCAUGUGCAGGGGCAAGACAAGUAGAAGUAACUAUUAAUGGAAUUGGUGAAAGAGCUGGAAAUGCUUCACUGGAGGAGGUUGUAAUGGCCUUAAAAUGCCGUGGAGAAAAAGCAUUAGGAGGCCUUUAUACGGGGAUCAAUAUACGACAUAUUGUUAAGACAAGCAAGAUGGUAGCAGAGUACAGUGGACUACAAGUGCAGCCACACAAGGCUAUUGUUGGAGCCAAUGCCUUUGCUCAUGAAAGUGGCAUCCAUCAGGAUGGAAUGCUUAAGCAUAAAGAAACAUAUGAGAUCAUAUCUCCAGAAGAUAUUGGUCUUUUUCGAUCUAACGAAUCUGGUAUUGUCCUUGGAAAACUUAGUGGACGGCAUGCUUUGAAGAGUCGACUUUUGGAGCUUGGUUAUGAGAUUGAGGGUAUGGAACUUGAUGAUAUCUUCUGGCGAUUCAAAGAAGUAGCUGAGAAGAAAAAGAAUCUGACUGAUGUUGAUGUAAUAGCAUUGGUAUCGGAUGAAAUAUUUCAGCCAAAAGUUUUUUGGAAGCUUGGUGAUCUGCAGGUGACUUGUGGCACUCUUGGUCUUUCUACAGCGACUGUUAAGCUCAUUGAUGCUGAUGGGCAAAAGCAUGUUGCCUGUUCAGUCGGGACUGGGCCAGUUGAUUCAGCUUACAAGGCCAUUGAUCUCCUUGUGAAGGAACAAGUUACACUUCUUGAGUAUGGUUUGAAUGCUGUCACAGAAGGUAUUGAUGCAAUAGCUACCACGCGGGUUUUAAUCCGUGGGGAGAAAAAUCACACCUUAACUAAUGCUUUGACAGGAGAGACUGUUCAUCGUUCAUUUAGUGGGACUGGGGCAGGAAUGGAUAUUGUCGUCUCCAGUGUUCGGGCCUACAUUAGUGCGCUAAACAAAAUGUUAGGUUUCAAAGACCAAUCCAAACCAAAGGUUAGUGCAGACAGAUCUCAAGACUCUGUUUGACAAGUGACUCCUCAAGUAUCUUGUGGCCCUCGACUUCCAAGCUGUCAAAGGUCGAAGUCUCGUACUUACUUAUUUAUUGUACAAAGGUGGGGGAGGAUUUCAAGAACGUCACUGUUACUGCCAAGUUUGUUUUUAUUUUAUUUUUGUUUCCCCUUCUUUUUUCUGUUGGUUUGUUACUUGUUAUGCAUUUGGAGACAGAAGAUGGGUCUAUUUUGCUUGAAAGUACAGAAGGGAAUUUUGGUGGUAGACAAUUGAAUAUAUGUGUUGUUCCUGAAGAAUAACUGAGUGAAAUGCUAAAUUUGUGAUUCAUAGA